UGACAGGGUGCUUCGGUCUGAGUGGAAGAUACCGAUAUCUUUUAUCUUGCUUCCCAUUGUGGGAUAUGCGGCAGAGCAUGCAUGUGGUAUUAUGUUGGCCAUGAAAGACAAACCUGGUACACCAAACAAAAGCCUGAUGAUCUCAGGAAUACACAUUGAGCUUCUAGAGUUGUUUCAACAGUUUUUGAAUGUUUUCUGAAUAAGUGGAAUCGACAAAAGCAGCAUGGGACCGAAAUAUGCAAAACCCUAAGCUGUGUAAGAGAAGUCCAGAGUGUCAAGAAAGAUGGAGUUCGAUGAUGAAGCUGAGCACAGAAGACUUUUCAGAGUAGAGACAAAUUCCCCACAAAUGAAGGCAGUUUUCUCGUUGGAGCAAGGAGGAUCUCUUUCAGCCAAAACACCAAAGAACACCGUGAUCCAGAGCUUCAAGAUCGUGAUUUUGUCCAAUAAACUCAAUCUUUUGUUGCCGUUCGGUCCAAUAGCGAUACUAGUCCACUAUUUGACAGAUAACAAGGGAUGGUUUUUCUUACUGAGCUUAUUAGGAAUUACACCAUUGGCAGAACGGCUCGGGUACGCUACAGAGCAAUUGGCUUGUUACACAGGUCCAACUGUUGGAGGCCUCCUAAACGCUACAUUUGGAAACGUGACAGAGCUGAUUAUAUCCAUUAUUGCUCUUAAAAAUGGAAUGAUACGCGUUGUACAACUGACGCUGCUCGGCUCCAUUCUGUCCAACAUGUUGCUUGUACUUGGCUGCUCCUUUUUCUGUGGCGGCUUUGUAUUCUCUCGGAAACAGCAAGUGUUUGACAAAGGGAAUGCGGUUUUGAAUUCAGGAAUGCUUUUGAUUGCAGUGAUGAGUCUACUCUUCCCUACACUUCUUUAUUACACGCAUAGUGAGGUUCGUGCUGGUUCAUCAGAGCUGGCUCUUUCGAGAUCAACCAGUUGCAUAAUGCUCGUUGCCUAUGCUGCUUAUCUCUUUUUCCAGUUGAAAAGCCAGCCAAGUUUUCUUACUGAGGUUCUCUGUCUUCCACCGUUUUACCAUUUUAGCGAAGAAACUUCUGAUGAUGAUGAAGUUCCUGAGAUCUCCAAGUGGGAAGCUAUCAUCUGGCUUCUAAUCUUUACGGCUUGGGUCUCUCUUCUUUCCGGUUAUCUUGUCGAUGCCAUAGAGGGAGCUUCAGUCUCAUGGAAGAUGCCUAUCUCGUUUAUCAGUGUCAUCGUGCUUCCUAUAGUUGGUAAUGCAGCCGAGCAUGCAGGUGCUAUUAUGUUUGCCAUGAAAGACAAGUUGGAUCUGUCUUUGGGAGUGGCUAUUGGAUCUUCAAUUCAGAUUUCUAUGUUUGCGGUUCCUUUCUGUGUGGUCAUUAGUUGGAUGAUGGGUGGACAAAUGGAUCUGAACUUCCAGCUAUUUGAGACAGCUACACUGUUCAUAACUGUUAUUGUUGUAGCUUUCUUUCUCCAGGAAGGGACAUCAAAUUACUUCAAAGGAUUGAUGCUCAUUCUCAGUUAUUUGAUUGUCGCUGUUAGUUUCUUUGUACACCAAGAUCCUAAUCAAGGUUAAUGUUGGUUUUGUUAUUUCUUCCAUCAUGUAUAUGUGAUAAUACAUAUAUUUAAAAAUAAAACCAUGUUUCAUCACGAAGAACGCAAUCUGGUGUAUGUGAAGCAGUUUGUAUCCUUAAACAUAAAACCUUAAUAGUAUCA